AUGGCGAUGUUUUCACAAAGUACAGCAUCAGGUUGCAACACAAUGAACUUCAGUGGGAUAAUCCAGAGUGUACUGAACAGAACCGAAAAGGCAAUGUGUUGUUUCACAGAGAUAUAUGCCUGACACAGAGCUGUGGUUGGACAGGUUAGGUUUACUCAUGUGUUUUGAAGGUACAUUUAAAGCACCAGCAGAACGAAGUUGGACCUCUCGUGUUCUUCCUUCACAUGGGGACGCAACAACCUGAAGACAACACCUUUCUGGACUAAACUGUGUCGUUCACAGCUCGGUGAGAACAUAGACUGUAUGAUUAAGGGUAAAAGGUUUCUCUGCCUUUUAAAGUGUGUGUCCUCAAAGUAAACACUUGUCCUCUAUUGUUUUUUAAAAAAAGAAAUUCUCUGGAAUCAUUUUUUCCCUUGUCGUAAUCGGCUUUACAUGGAAAUUGAAGUGAGUUGGAAACGACGUUUUGAUAUUUUUUCUGAGUUUGGAGUGCAAGCUUAAAUCAGGUCCGUGUAGCCCCUCCUCUCUCUGCUGCCUGAGCCAAAACAGCAGAGAGCUGCGAGUCAGUCUGACACCACUCACAGAGGGAGAGGAUCUCAGGAGAAUAGACGAGCACAACAAGGAGGAUCAGGAUCAUCUUUACCAUUUUUCUUUGGGCUGUGACUAAAGAGUGCCCAGAGUGGAGCAGUGAUCUUUCCUGUGGAUGAUUUUACUUUUGUGUUUGUGAGUAAAGACUAUAUUUAACAAGUGGAUGCUCCAUUCUCUGGAAAACACUUCUGCAUUGAAGCACAAUGGGAGCUUUCUCUUGUAAACAUUUAAGUGCUUUAGAAGUCCAUGUUUGUGUAAGCUGAUUUAACAGUUUCUCAGAAUUAUAACAAUGGUUGAACCGGUGGGGUUUGUGGAAGCAUGGAAAGCCCAGUUUCCCGAGUCUGACCCCCCUAGCAUGGAGCUGAAAUCAAUGGGGGACAUUGAACAGGAGCUAGACAAAUGCAAGACCUCUAUCAGGCACCUGGAGAAGGAAGUAAACAAGGAGCGCUUUCGGAUGAUCUACCUGCAGACACUGCUCGCAAAAGAGAAGAAGUCUUAUGAUGGGCAGCGAUGGGGAUUCAAAAGGAUACCCAAGAUGGGUGAUGGAGACCUCUCCGGUGGCCCCACAGAUGAGGCACCAGGGGAGGAGCAGCAGCAGAGAAGGACUGGCAGGUCUAUCAGGUGUAAACCACAUCCAGAGGGAGAUGUGGACAUCACCAAACAGAAAGGUAGGAUAUCACCUGUCCGCCAGGAGCCAGAGAUCCCUGAUUUCCCGCUGGGCACAGGCUCAGUAGCAGCUCUGAGAUCCAACUUCGAGCGCAUCAGGAGAGCUAACACUCACACGGCCGCGGACUGCAGAGGGAUGGGCGGCCUGGAGAAACCUUUCUAUGUGAACAUGGAGUACCAUCAUGAGCGAGGGCUGGUCAAAGUCAACAACAGGGAGGUGUCAGACAAGAUCAGCACUCUGGGCUGUCAGGCCAUGCAGAUGGAGCGGUCUCCACACUCCCUUCCAGGGAACCUGUCUGCCGCCACGGGGGACAUCAGCAAAACUGUUCAGAGAGGAAGAUCCAUCGAGGGGAACUGCAGCUAUAAUGGGUCAUGUGAUGAUGCUGAGGUCAACCCGCACUACAUGAGAGACAAUGUGAACCGUGCAGGGGGGAAAUCUGAGCGUCAGCCAGCAGAGUGCCAGCCUUACACCAGUGUGUAUGUCGGGGGGAUGAUGGCUGAUGGGGACACUAGAGUCAUCCACAUUAAGGACCACAGCGUUGAUGAGGACGCCCACCUCACAUGGCCGAGGCGCUCUUACUCUCCAGGCAGCUUUGAUGAUGUAGGAGGUGACUACACACCAGACUGCAGCUCCAACGAGAACCUAACAUCCAGUGAGGAGGACUUCUCCUCGGGACAGUCAAGCCAUGUGUCUCCCAGCCCCACCACCUAUCAGAUGUACAGGCACAAAAGUCGCUCCCCCUCCCAGCACUCCCAGCAGUCCUUUGACAGCAGCAGCCCGCCCACAUCCCUGUCUCAGAACCGUCUGAAACAGCAAGUGACGGGGUCAGAGGCGGCCAUCAUUGGGGUCAGGAAGAAAGGCCAGGUCUGGCCCAGUGAUGGGGAGUCAACCACAUCCAGCAGGACUUCUCAUGACAACAGUGUUCCAGAUCUGGAGGCUCCCUACAACGAGACCUCAUCCUCAUAUGGUUAUGACUUGGAGCCCUCCGAAGACCAGCAGCCUGCCUCUGACUCUCUAUCCUACACAGGAUCUCCAUCCUCGUCUCCAAGACUCCGCUCAAAGAGCCGGAACAGCCGAGACACCCAGUCCUCGGGCUCCCUGGAGUCCACUCUGUCGGUGGAGCUGGAUCAGGAGAAGGGGCUGGAGAUGAGAAAGUGGGUUCUGUCGGGAAUCCUGGCCAGUGAGGAGACCUACCUCAGCCAUCUGGAGGCCGUACUAAUACCAAUGAAGCCUCUGAGGGCCGCAGCCACGACUUCCCAGCCGAUGCUGACCAUCCAGCAGAUCGAAACCAUCUUCUUCAAGGUGCCAGAGCUACAUGAAAUCCACAAGGACUUCUUUGAUGCUCUGCUGCCCCGAGUCCAGGACUGGGGUCACCAGCAGUGUGUGGGUGACCUCUUCCAGAAACUGGCCAGCCAGCUUGGAGUGUACCGGGCGUUCGUGGAUAACUAUAAGGUUGCUGUGGAGACAGCCGACAAGUGCUGCCAGGCUAACGCUCAGUUUGCACAGAUAUCUGAGAAUCUCAAGGUCAAAAGCACAAAGGAUUGCAAAGACCAGGCUAAAAAUUCUCUGGAAACUCUUCUCUACAAACCUGUCGACAGAGUGACUCGCAGCACCCUCGUUCUGCAUGACCUCCUGAAACACACACCCUCCAGCCACCCGGACUAUCUGCUGUUACAGGAUGCUCUGCGGAUCUCUCAGAACUUCCUGUCCAGCAUAAAUGAAGAGAUUACCCCCCGUAGACAGUCCAUGACGAUAAAGAAGGGAGAGAACCGUCAGCUGAUGAGGGAUCGCUUCAUGGUGGAGCUGGUUGAAGGUUCCAGGAAACUCCGUCAUGUCUUCCUCUUCACUGACCUGCUGCUUUGCACCAAGCUGAAGAAACAGACUGCAGGAAAAGGGCAACAGUACGACUGCAAGUGGUAUAUCCCACUGGCUGACCUGACAUUCCAGAACAUCGAGGACUGUGAGUCCACCCCCAUCCCACUAGUUCAAGACGAAGAGAUUGAUGCCAUGAAGAUCAGAAUCUCCCAGAUCAAGAACGAGAUCCAAAGAGAGAAGAGAACCACCAAAGGAGUCAAAGUGAUCGAGCGACUAAAGAAGAAGUUAUCAGAGCAAGAGUCUCUGCUGCUCCUCAUGUCCCCAAACAUGGCGUUCAGAGUGGCUAACAGGAACGGAAAGGGUUUCACAUUCCUCAUCUCUUCUGACUAUGAACGUGCCGAGUGGAGUGAGAUCAUCCGCGAGCAGCAGAAGAAGUGUUUUAAAAGCUUCUCUCUGACCUCUCUGGAGCUGCAGAUGCUCACUAACUCGUGUGUGAAACUUCAGACUGUACACACCAUCCCAAUGACCAUGAAUAAAGAAGAUGAUGAAUCCCCUGGUUUAUACGGCUUCCUAAACGUCAUUGUGCACUCUGCAUCAGGGCUGAAAAAGAGCUUAAACCUUUACUGCUCCCUUGAGGUGGAUUCCUUUGGCUACUUUGUCAACAAAGCCAAAACACGUGUGUACAGAGACUCUACAGAGCCCAACUGGAAUGAGGAGUUUGAGAUUGAACUGGAGGGCUCUCAGACUGUGAGGCUUCUCUGCUACGAUAAGUGCUGCAACAAAACCAAGCAGAGCAAAGAGGAUGGGGAGAUCACAGACAAGAUCAUGGCCAAAGGACAGAUAAAGUUGGAUCCUCAGGCAUUACAGAAUAAAGACUGGCAGAGGACAGUCAUCGCCAUGAAUGGGAUCGAAGUGAAACUUUCAAUGAAGUUCACCAGCAGAGAGUUCAGUCUGAAGAGGAUGCCCUCACGGAAACACUCGGGUGUUUUUGGAGUGAAGAUCAACGUGGUCACUAAGCGAGAGCGCUCUAAAGUUCCCCUCAUCGUGAGGCAGUGUGUGGAGGAGAUAGAGCAGCGCGGGAUGGAGGAAGUGGGAAUCUACCGAGUGUCUGGUGUUGCAACUGACAUCCAGUCACUGAAGGCGUCUUUUGAUUCAAACAACAAGGAUGUGUCGAUCAUGAUGAGGGAGAUGGACGUAAACGCCAUAGCUGGAACACUGAAGCUGUAUUUCCGUGAGCUCCCGGAGCCUCUUUUCACUGAUGAGCUCUACCCCAACUUUACCGGAGGCAUCGCUCUCUCUGACAGUGUGGCCAAGGAGAGCUGCAUGCUCAACCUGCUGCUGUCUCUACCAGAGCCCAACCUGGUGACCUUCCUCUUCUUACUGGACCAUCUUAAAAGGGUUGCUGAAAAUGAGUGUGUCAACAAGAUGUCUUUGCACAAUCUGGCCACAGUUUUUGGCCCAACUCUACUCCGACCCUCUGAAAAAGACAGCAAAAUCUCAAACAGCUCUCAGCCGAUCUCCAUGAACGACAGCUGGUCUCUGGAAGUCAUGGCUCAGGUUCAAGUCCUUCUGUACUUCCUUCAGCUAGAGGGCAUUCCAGCUCCUGACAGCAAACGUCAAAGCCUUCUCUUCUCCACUGAAGUAUAGCACUUAAAUAUCCACAUGUGUUCUGUGCAGAGGCAGGGUGUCAGCUGCUUAUUGUUGUCGAUGCUGCUGAGCAGUCAUAGCUGGCUGGAGAUACUUCAUUUAGCCACAAGGUGGAACUAUAAACGUUGUAAACAGGGAAGAGCCGUUUCUGAUGAGAAGAGAUGAGUGUGUGUUCUGUUUACAUCUGAACUUACCUGCUGUGUCAAAAAACAACAACAACAAAAAUCUAUUGGUGUACAGACAACUUUUAUCAUUCCUUUUUAAUUUGACUUCCAAAAAGCAGAAAUGACUGUACCAUCAUUUCUCCCCUGCCCUGUUCUGUCACUGUGCACAUUAGCCCCAUACUAACAGCGGGGGAGUUCUGCUGUAUUCAGAUUCUUCUGAGUUGUUUUUCUGCGGAUGGAUGACUGAUGAAUGUUUGGAUGAAUGGUCACAUUAUUUUUUUUGUCUGUAUAUGUUUGUUUAUUUCCCAGAAAUGUUUGACUUGGUUCAAAGCUUGCCUGUGCCAAUGUUUCCCUGCUGAUGACCAGUAGAACAUUUCAGUUACCGUAAUGUUUACACAAUAUUAAUUUUGUACAGAGUUUUAAAAUUAAGAGACUGAAACUGUAGUUCUCUCACAGCAACAUGCAGGCGUGUUGACGUAAUUGUUUGAAGUGUUUUACCAUCUGUUCUUUACAAUUUGUAUGAUGUCCAUCUUCAGUUCACAGGGUCCUCUGAUGAUGUCAGAGUCACACUUUUAUGUAGAUAGGAGAGGGUUACAGAGAGAGAAUCAUUCCAGGACCAGGAGAGGCUUAAAGCUUUCAAGGAAUGUAUCCUGUGUUGUGUAUUGUUAUUAUUUCGCAAUUGUCUUUUGUCCAUAUCUCUUCUUUUUCCUGUCCUCAUGUUUUAAAGUAUCUUUUGGAUUUUAUUCUCUUAGUUAUGCACCGGUGUGUGUGUCGCUCUCUGCAUUCCUUCUCUGUAGUCUACCUUUAUAAGACGCAACCACACUGCUUUAGAAGUGAGAGCAGAUUAUCUCAAAUACCAAAAUGUUUCAGAGUACCAUGCUGGAUGCUCAGUGACUCAUCAAAGUCAACUGGUCAUCGUAUUAUUUUCAGAGCCAUGAGAAAAUAAACUGUGUGCUCAAAGUCCUGCUUUUUCCAAAUCAUCGCCAGUCUUCAAACUCUUAUUAGCACAAACUUUUAAGGCUUAUGAUUUCUGUCAAAUAAGCAAUAACUCUUUGUGAUUCUUAGGGCAAAAAUUGACUAGAUGGUCUUUUAUGUAUAAUUUAUGUAAAUAAAAACUUGGUAACUUUA